GCAUAUUGGGAAGGCGGCGGAUCAUGGAAAUAUGGCGGAUGUAGAGGAGCCGGAGAAGAAAAGAAGGAGAAUAGAGGAGCUGGCUCAGAAGAUGGCGCUAGACGACGCAAAUUGGGACGGGCGCUGGAAUCACGUGAGCAAGUUCCUAGAGCGUGCGGGGCCCUUCACGCACCCCGACUUCGGACCGAGCCCCAAGUUGCUUCAGUUUUUAUUGGAAACAUGCAAGAUUCUGGUCAUCGGAGCUGGCGGCUUAGGAUGUGAACUCCUGAAAAGCCUGGCUCUGUCAGGUUUUCGAGACAUUCACCUUGUGGAUAUGGACACCAUUGAUCUGUCCAACCUAAACAGGCAGUUCCUCUUCAGGCCUAAAGAUGUGGGUCGCCCCAAAGCUGAGGUGGCAGCUGAAUUUAUCAACCGGCGAAUCCCAGGAUGUAACGUGAUCGCACAUUUUAAGAAAAUCCAAGACUUGGAUGAGUCAUUUUACCGGCAGUUCCACAUUGUCGUGUGCGGCCUGGAUUCCAUCAUCGCCCGCCGGUGGAUGAAUGGCAUGCUGAUGUCACUGCUGACUUUCGAGGACGGUGUGCUGGAUCCGUCCUCCGUUAUCCCACUCAUCGAUGGAGGUACCGAGGGCUUCAAGGGCAACGCCCGGGUCAUCCUGCCUGGCAUGACUGCCUGUAUUGAAUGUACCCUGGAGCUCUACCCUCCGCAGAUCACCUACCCCAUGUGUACCAUCGCCUCUAUGCCUCGGCUGCCUGAGCACUGCGUGGAGUAUGUCCGUCUACUGCAGUGGCCCAAGGAGUAUCCCUUUGGCGACGGUGUGUCGCUGGGGGACGACCCCAAACACAUCCAGUGGGUGUUCCAGAGAUCACGGGAGAGAGCGGACAAGUUCAGCAUCACCGGCGUGACCUACAGACUGACUCAGGGGGUUGUGAAAAGGAUCAUUCCCGCCGUCGCGUCCACAAACGCCGUCAUCGCGGCUGCGUGUGCCACUGAGGUCUUCAAGAUUGCGUCGAGUGCCUACAUUUCACUGAACAACUACCUGAUGUUCAACGACGUCGACGGCCUGUACACCUACACGUUUGAGGCGGACAGGAAGGAGAACUGCCCCGCCUGCAGCCAGGUGCCUCAGGAGCUGCAGUUCGCCCCCUCGGCCAAGCUGCAGGAUGUGCUGAACUACCUGACUGAGAGCGCCACCCUACAGAUGAAAUCACCGGCCAUCACAGCCACUUUGGAAGGGAAAAAUAAGACAUUAUAUUUACAGACCAUAUCCUCUAUAGAAGAGAGAACACGGGCGAAUCUUUGUAAAACAUUGAAAGAGCUCGGCCUGACAGACGGACAGGAGCUGGCCGUGGCAGACAUCACCUCCCCACAAACCUUGCUCUUCAAACUCAGCCUGAGCACGUAGGCCGACGGGGCAGGACCGCCCCCAGCAGCCACGCUGUGCAAUACAGCUCAGCAGAAAUGCAGUGCUUACUAAUAGCAUUUGUGUCAGUAUAGCCUCUGUUUCCUCACUGUGAUGAAGUGGGGGGGUGUAUUUUACAGAUUAUAUUCAGUGUUCCUGACUGGUCUGUUUUUAAAAAAACGUUCCUCGAGUCAGUAAAUCAUUAGACAUUUCGUAUUCAUGUGUUACUUCCUGCUAACCCUAAACUGUAUGCAUUUCAGUUUUAUGUGUCAUUUAACUGUUGUGAGGCUACAGAACGUUGAACCACUGUCCUGUGCAAAGCGUCAAAUUGAUUUACGCAGCCUGCCUUUUUUUUAACUGCAAACCUCAUGGAUAAAGAUGAAAAGACCGACGGGAGGAUGACGCACAUAUAUCUUCCAUCUCACUUUUGCAUGUUUAACUGUACCCCUUUGCGCCUGUUUUCAGUAACAAUCCACAAUUAAAAACAUUUUUCCUCCA